AUGGGACAUAGUUCGAAGAAGAAGAAGCGUGGAGGAGGAGGGAGUGGGAAGAAGAAGAAGGCCUUGAAAGAUCAUGGGGCUCAUGUUGGUGGUGAUGAUAAUGAACUUCUUUCUGAAGAGAUCACUGCCUUGUGUGCAAUAUUUCAAGACGAUUGCAAAGUUAUGUCUGGAUCCCAUCCUCAAAUAAUCAUUAAGCUUAGGCCUCACUCGAAGGAUAUGGGUUAUGAGGAUCUAGAUGUUUCUGCACUUCUUUUAGUUAGGUGCUUACCAGGGUAUCCUUACAAGUGUCCGAAGUUACAGAUAACUCCUGAGAAGGGUUUAUCACAAAGUGAUGCUGACAGGCUGCUAUCUCUUAUUCAUGAUCAGGCAAAUUCUAAUGCUCGAGAAGGACGGGAAAUGAUUUUCAAUUUAGUAGAGACAGCCCAGGAAUUCCUAUCUGAAGUUGUGCCAGUGAGCCAAUCACAUGGCUCGGUAAUAUGUCCGACUACGGGUAGCAAUGCUCAAUUGUUUCAGAAGGACGUUGCAAUCUCAAGUAACAAGAAGGGGCCUUUUGUUUAUGGUUUCAUAGACCUAUUCAGUGGUUCUGGAGAGUCUUGGAAUUGGGGUUUUGGAAUAGAUGAGACCAGUGGGAUAAAUCCUUCAGUCCCAUCGCACACAGUGGAUGGCUCCAAAGGCAAGCAUGAGAUUCAGGAAAAGAAACUUGAUAGGCGUGCAGAACCUUUGAAUUUGCAAGAUAUAAAGAAAAGUUCAUUACUUUCCUCUACUGUCAAAUUAGAUGGCCUUGAAGAAGACAGUGAAGAUGGCCACAAGAGCAUAGCUUCUACUGAUUCUAGUAGAUUUUUGUUGGAAGAAUUGGUACGCAAUGGUGGUAAAGCUGAGAAAGAGAAUUUGGUUAUUGAGGAGGAUUCAACAGAAGAUGAUUGCGAAUUCGGAAGUGAACAAUCAGAGUCACUCUCGUUUGCUUCCUUGGGUCAUGAUCAAGUGUCUCAAACCGUUAAAAAGGAUCUUAUAAUGGUUCAUCUGCUCCGUCUUGCCUGCACUUCUAAGGGACCACUGGCUGAUGCUUUGCCACAAAUAACCACAGAAUUGGAAAACUUAGGGAUGUUAUCGGAAUGGGGAAGGGAUUUAGCAUCUAAACCACCUUCACUUUUGAAUAGAACAUUUAAUCAUGCUUUUAGAGAACAUAUGGUAGGUUUCAUCGCGAGUCUCUCAAUUUGGGAACCCACAUCUGAUUUUGAAGGGCCAAGUACAUCUCUUCCAAGCUCUCGAUAUCUUAGUGACUUUGAGGAGCUACAGUCCCUUGGUCAUGGAGGCUUUGGCCAUGUUGUAUUGUGCAAAAAUAAACUAGAUGGAAGGCAGUAUGCAGUGAAGAAAAUUCGACUCAAGGAUAAAAGCCUGCCAGUUAAUGACAGAAUAUUGAGGGAAGUAGCCACACUUUCUCGUUUGCAGCAUCAACAUGUUGUACGAUACUAUCAGGCGUGGUUUGAAACAGGUAUUAUUGGUGCUCAUGGUGAUACCACUUGGGGUUCAAUGACUGCAGCCAGCUCCACCUUCAGCUUCAAAGGUACAAACUCAGCAGAUGCUAUUGGGCAUGAGAAUAAGCUUGAAUCGACAUAUCUGUACAUUCAAAUGGAAUAUUGCCCUAGGACUUUACGCCAGGUUUUCGAGUCGUAUAGUCGUUUAGACAAAGAAUCUGUAUGGCAUUUGUGUCGUCAAAUUGUUGAAGGCUUGGCACACAUACAUGGACAGGGAAUCAUUCAUCGGGACUUAACCCCAAGUAACAUAUUCUUUGAUGCGCGCAAUGAUAUUAAAAUUGGGGAUUUUGGUCUGGCCAAGUUUUUGAAGUUGGAGCAGUUGGAUCAAGAACCUAGUUUUCCUCCAGAUACAGCUGGGGUUUCUCUUGAUGGUACUGGCCAAGUUGGUACAUAUUUUUACACUGCUCCUGAAAUUGAGCAAGGAUGGCCGAAGAUUGAUGAAAAGGCUGAUAUGUACAGCUUGGGAGUUGUAUUCUUCGAGCUAUGGCACCCAUUUGGGACGGCAAUGGAACGAAACCAUGUCCUAUCUGAUUUGAAACUGAAGGGUGAACUUCCUCCUGCUUGGGUUGCUGAAUUUCCUGAACAGGCAUCUUUGUUGCGACGCUUAAUGUCUCCAAGUCCAUCAGAUCGUCCUUCUGCCACAGAACUUCUAAAGCAUGCAUUUCCACCACGAAUGGAGUCCGAGUUAUUAGACAGUAAGUGGCAAUUGUGA